AUGGUCUAUAAAUCUAUCCAUGGUCUUGCGCCCGACUAUCUUGGUUCUCUUUUCAUGAAAUAUAAUCCACCUUAUAAUUUAAGGAACUCUGAAAACAAACUAGCUGUUCCGUUGCCCCGCACCAAUUUCUUGAAAAAUAGCUUUAGCUAUAAUGGUGCGGUUAUCUGAACAGCUUGUCCCCUGAAUUGCGGCAAGCAAAAUCACUUAAAUCUUUUCGAAAUGGUUGUCGCGAUUUCUUUGACUGAAUCGAUAAAACACACACGGCAU